AGAACCGGCGUGUUAAAGUUCGGCAGCAGAUCAAUAUCAAACCACAAGCUUUCUUUACUUCUCACUUUUCGUUGACUUCUUCUCAACCGUCACGUAAACGCGGCAACUUCUAUCAGACUGGCUUCUGUGUCUACAACACAUCAUCCAUCACAGCCUGCCAACUCAAGUCACAGGAUGGAAUCUGUCACCUCGGCUGGUGGACUACCACCUGAUUUGUUCGACGCUACCACUCUGCAAAGCCUUGCGUCUGUGCUCGUGAUAGUUUCGAUCGCUUAUGGCACUUCUCUCAAGGCGCUUUCACCGACAACGCCUGGAUCACUUCGUUUCUUGUUCAUCUGGCACAUGUUCGACGCGUUGAUUCACUUCGCGCUCGAAGGUAGCUUUCUCUACCACUGCUUUUUCAGCUGGCUGCCGGUGUCCGACCUUACCGUCAAGCAGCUGGCCAAGUUUCACCCCACCCCGGAGCACUUCCUCGGAACCUCAGGCCGGAUCUAUGGUGCUCAGGCUGGCGAUGGGUUUUGGGCGAACUUGUGGAUGGUUUACGCCAAGGCGGACAAGCGCUGGGCUGGGGCUGACUUGACCGUCAUCAGCCUUGAACUUCUUACCGUUUUCGUGGUCGGCCCCAUGGCAGUCUGGGUGUGCUACGAUAUUGCUAAGAAGAAUCCCCGCUACAACAUCACCAUGAUAAUGUUAGCGACUGCAGAGAUUUAUGGAGGAUUUAUGACCUUCUGCCCGGAGUGGCUGACCGCCAACGUCAACCUCGACACCAGUAACUUUAUCUAUCUCUGGUUUUACCUCGUCUUCUUCAACAUGCUCUGGGUGUUUAUCCCGAUCUACUCUAUCUACGUCGGCAGCAAAGACAUCUUCGACGCAUUUUCAGUUCGGGCUGCGGCUGGACAGAUCAAGAAGAAGCAGAAGUGAGGAGGAAGACGAGUUUGAGGGACUCGACCACGACUGGUUCUUGCCUCAUCUAGAUUUGAUGUGGGAGCUGUCCGCCGGAAUCAUAAGUAAUACAAACAAAAUCUGUUUUGUGUCCGACAUGGGAGUCUGAGACUGGAUUUUCGCCAAGCCAAGUUGAGCGCCACAUACCCUCUUUCAGGACAACAGCCGAGGAGGGAGCUUGCUUGUGCGGGGUUUUUUUUUUUUUGUGCUGCAGUUUCUUCCUCUUACUAGCGCAUACCUGAGGGUUAUGGAAAAUAGUCAGAAAGCAACCCAGCAACUUUUCAACUUGUAUUUGUCAUUCGGACGCUUUGCGGCAGAAAAAGAAUGUCGCGCAUAUUAAGAAAUCCUACUCAUCCAUCCAUAUACCUG